AUGGGCUUCAUCGCAAUGUCCUUCGGCUCCAACACGUUUCUACUUCUCAACCAUCUCAUGAGCGUCCCGGACUGUCGCCUCAUUGGAAUCCAACAUUGUCCAGACGGCAGCUUCCGUUAUAGAGGCUCAAACGGACAGCCAAGUCCCGCCAUCGACUAUUAUUAUGACCAGAAGGGGACCGUCAUUCAGCAGGAGAUGUGGCGACCCAUGCAACCUGGAGACGUACAUCGCCAUUUCGACAACGCUCGCAUGCAAUGGCCGAUCUUCUUCCACAACGCAGUCAUGGUGCAGGGUGGACAGUCGCGUGUCAUCGUAGGCAUCGAACUUUCUCUAGCGGGGCAUGCGAGUCUUCGGCAGACUAUGAUACAGCCUGACGCUCUUUCGCCACUCGGUGGUCUGACUACUACCCAUCUCUGUCUGAAGUGGCCCGGGUACCCCGAAUACAAGAAACAGAUUGAAAUCCAGGACUCACGGCGUCAGCCGAUCAGGAUGAUUAAGUUGGUUGAACGAAUCGCGAGGUUUAUUGAUCGGUGGAUAGACGAGAUGCAACGUGUUCCUGUAGACCCGCGCCGUGCUAAUUGGCGUGUUGGCCCCGGAGGUAUCACCAAAGACCAUCUAUACGUGGUUGGACUGGUGCACGUCUCAGCCGGCACUUGGCAACCUAUCUUACAGCUCAAGGGCCACAUCAUCUACUAA